AUGAGUGCGGCCAAGGACAGCAGAGAGGCCUCCAAGAAGCCCACAAGCGAGGCCAAACGCUUUCUACAGAAUGACCAGGAGAAGCAACGAAAGGAGAAAAUUAAAACCUGCAUCGGAGAGAUUGCCAAAGAGUUACCUCCAAGUGCCGAUCAUUUAGAUCGCAAGCCGAGCACUUUGUCUAUAGUGUCUCAAGCAAAAGAGUAUAUUAAGAAGCUGAAAGAGCAGAAUCAUGCCUACGAGAACAAUCUGGCAGCCGAACAGCAACAAGAAGAGCUGAAAAGACUUCGUGAACUGCAGUCUGAGCAUGUUGAAAAGAUCAAGAAACUUGAGGAGACCCUGAAGGCAUUUGCAUUAGAAAAGGUACUGAAAUCCAAAUCGGGUGAUGACAACUCUUCCGCUGCCAGUACCGACAGGGACAGUCCAACAGGUCGCAGGCGGCCGAAAACUAUCAACAAACUCUUGGAAAAAGAGAGAAAUGAUCAGCUUCUUGCAUCCCAUUCAGACUUACACUCCAUGGAUGGCACAUUGUCGUUACACUUUGGUCACCAUGGAAACAACAGCACCAUCGGUGGUGGUAGCAGCAACAGCAGUUGCCUGCCACCAUCCUCUCUGGUCCUUCCGGUGCCGUCGUCUGGCAUAUCCAUCAUGACUGUUGCCCCGACCAUACUGUCUGUGAAGAGUCCCUCCCUGGGGCAGACUCGAAACCAGCAGACCAGCAGGUCGAUCAGCACAUCCUCGGUUGUCGGCAGCGGAACCAGUAGCAGGAUCAGUUCCUCCGCAUCAUUGGUUUCAUAUCUUGAUGUGAUGGGUGGUGAUUAUGGGGACAAUGUCAAUGGAUUAGGGAACUCUCUUAUGGAUGGGGCUCAGACGAAUUUAGUGUAUUCAACAUCAACAGCAUCAUCUGCCUCGUCUUCAGUUAUGUCUGCCGGACAAGGAUCUGUGGCGGGGGAUAUUGCUGGGCUGCAGCAGCAGCUGCAGAACUCUGGCGGUGGCGGUAUGAUGGGGAGUAUGCAGGGAGCAGAUAUCUCCAUCAUCCACCACCAGCAGCAGCAGCAACAACAGCAGCAACAACAACCACUGAUGAGUAUCACACAGCAACAAGAGGGCCAGGGCUCGACCUCAGCUUUACAGACGUUAGCCUCUGUGGCAACCAGUUCACACAUGUCUGGUUUUAGUGGUGGGACAUUGGCCAGUGGGCACCAGGUUGGAUCCACAGGUGGGCUUAUGGGGUUGUCAGUUGGCCUUGGUGGUGGAUUAUCUGCGGUUUCACUAGCACAAUUCCAGCAACAACAACAGCAGCCAUCAAUGAUGACGCUGUCUCACACAGACACAGGAGCCACUUUAUCACAGGAUCGCAAGCAGGUGUUGUUUAAUGGGCAGAUCCUCACAUUGACGGACUCUGGAUUAUUAAGCAGCCACCAGCAGGGAGACUCAGAUUGUCAGAACAACCUACAGACCAACAUGUGUCAACAGCCCGGCUUAUCUGGUGGCGGCUUGCAACAGCAAGGCUUGCAGCAAGGAGGCAUCAACGUCGGGGGGAUCCUUGGCCAUGGAGGCUUCUCAGGAGGAUCACUGGGUCCUUCUGGACCUGGUCAGGCUUCUAUAAUCUACACCAUCAAUGAGCAGGGGCAGCUGGUUCCCCUCCAGGCACCAGUCAACACGCUUCAGCAAGCCCAACAAGGUUUGGAGUUUAUGACGGGCCCCGGCGGAAGUAUUAUCACAAACUUUCAGAAUGCCUCAGGGGGUGGGGCAUCACUGAUGCCCACCUCGAUGCAGCACCAGGCCCAGUCCAACUAUUUGUCUCAGCCACCAAUCAUGUCCAUAGCCGGAGGGCAGGGCUCCAACCAGCCGUUCACCAUUCUUCCACAGAAUGCUUCCAACUCUUUGCAGACGCAGAUGAUCCCUGGCAGUUCCUUUUUAAUGGCUCAGCAGUUUCCACAGCAACAGCAGAUGUUGAACUUGGCUGGGUUCGGAGGGCUGCAAGUUGUCAACCCUUUCACUGGAAUGAUUGUCAAUAAUUUGGGCAACGCCCUCAAUGGAGCAACGGUCAAACUGGUUGGCAAUGAGCUGAAGCUCAUCCAGCCUGGGGAUAGUUCCUCCGGAGCCCAGGGUCCCACACAUGUGAUGGUGGAUGGGUCCUUGAUCCCGAUAUCCACAAACCCACAAACAAUCAUGCCCAGCCCUGCUUCUCUGAACACAAUGGGGCAGAAAGCACAGCAACUCCCGUUACCUGGCAACUCCAUCUUGCAAUUUGACCCCAUGAAUCCCAAUGCCCCACCAAUUAUCAUUAAUGGACCCACCACAAGCCUUCACAUGGGGCCUCAGAUGCUGGGUCUGGGCCCCCUGUAUUCUCCUGCCAUGACGGGGGCUCCAGGCAUUCUACACAUGUCCUCCGGUGGCUCCCUGGGUUCCUCGAUCCCGUUCCAGCUGGGGUCCAACAAUGGUUUGGUCGUUGUCUCCAACAUGGUGACUGGGACGGUGACCACAAACUCUGUGUCGGCCUGUAUCAGUUCACCAUCGGUGUCCACAGCGUCCAAGGGUGGCAAGAGCUUGCCAACCCUGGCACCAGCAUUGUCCCAGAUGAGCCCAACUAUUAAUUCUACAGUUGCCAGCAACUGUGGCUAUCAGACCAUCCUUCCUUCAGGAGCUUCCCAGCAGUUCAUCAUCAGUGGGCAGAAAGUUGUCGCCGCAAAGCUGAGCGCCCCGUCGGCUGUGAUUUCCAAGUCAGCUGCCCAAAACCGCAAGCGGUCACCAUCUGCUGCAAGAGCUUCACCCAUUGCAGCCGCUGACAUCUCAUCGCAGAUGGUCCAACAGCAGAUUCUCACGGCUUCGGGGACAGCUAUGGUCCAAGCAUCUUCAAAAUAUUCCCCAGGAGCAGAUAAAACACCCAAAGGUAAAGCAGCUAAACACAAUAACCUACAGCUGCUACAUCACCAGCAACAGCAACAAGAGGAUGACAAGAGAGCUGCCAGCCUUCAGAAGAAAGACCUCUUGGCUCAAGCCACGGCCACGGCUGGAAUCCUCAUGGAUGGCGAUAAUGUUGCCUUGAACAUUUCUUCUGGAUCUAACAUGAACUUGUCUGGAUCAUCUGCAGACCGAUUCCUCCGCUUCUGUGAAGCUGACAGCUGCCUCGACAGUAGGCUUGCCAACCUUAACUACGACAUCUGCAACAUUAUCCUUAUCAUCUUCAUUAUUAUCAAUGCCUUCAUUACCAAAAUCUCCCCCGCUGUUUGCUUCAACUCCAGCUAA